AGUAACAAUGAAAAAUUAAGAGAUGGCGAAAUUGCACUUCUUAUUUUUCAAUUGAUGUGGUAAAUAGUUUACCCAGAUAUAUGUUGGCCUUUUUUGACAUAUCAAUAAUAAAUAAUUUUGAAUCUAGAUAUUCAUAGAAAAAAUGCUUUACACCUACAAAAUUAGUUAAAUGUAUCAACAAGGGAAUAUUCAAACACAUCCUUAUCAAUUGGAGAAUUGUAACCUUAGAAUCGAGCAUAAAUCUUUAAGUAGUUAUACAAUACGGAGUCCAUAUAAAUAUGAAAAAAAAGAAGACUGAUGAUGAUGUCAUAAAUAUUCAAAUCAGAUGUUUUGUUGCUUUCAGUUUAUAUAAAAAAAAAUUAUAAUGGAAGUAAAGAAAGAACCAGAAUAUACUUUUGUCAAAGAAAUUGAAGUGCCUGUUGAGGAUAAUCUUUGUUUUAAUAGAAUUAUUGAAGAAACGAAUGAUCCUAACAUAUGUAAUGUUAUAAAAAACGAAUUUCCAGUGCUUGUAAAAUAUGAGAAUAAUGCAGAAUUAUUAGAACAAAUAUGUGAAAAUAUUAAAAGUGAAAUCGAAGAGAAUGAUGUAGAUCUAAAAUGCGAUAUGGUUUUAAAAAAUAAUAUACAAACAUCAAAAAUUGGAAUUGUAAGGAAAAGGCAACUUAUGAAUCAUUCUGUUUUACCUGGAGGUAUUUCUAUCUGUAAAAUAUGCGGAAAUUUGUACAUAAAAAAAUUUGAUCUUUGUAAUCAUGUAAAGCGACAUUUUGUGAAAAAUACUCGUUUUAAUAUUCACUCGAGGGACUACAGACAAAAACAAAAUAUACAAUCUCACCGUAACAAACUAUAUAAAUGUAAAACUUGUUUCAAAUUGUUUAGAAAGAGGAAUUAUUUAAUCGAACACAUGCGGAUUCAUACAGGAGAGAAAACUUUUAAAUGCGAAACCUGUUUUGAAUUAUUCACCGUUAAAGAAAAUUUAGUUGAACAUAUGUCGAUCCAUAACAGCGAAAAACCAUUCAAAUGUGAUAUUUGUGUAAAAUCCUUCAAGCUUAAAAAUAGUUUAGUUCGACACGUGCGUAUUCACACUGGAGAAAAACCGUUCGAAUGUGAAAUUUGUUCGAAAUCGUUCACAAGGUCGAGUUAUUUGAUCAUUCACAAACGUACCCACACCGGCGAACAACAACUGAAAUGCGACGUUUGUUCAAAAAUGUUCAAUUAUAGGAGCGAUUUAAUAAGACACGUGCGUGUACACACUGGAGAAAAACCGUUCGAAUGUGAUAUCUGUUCGAAAUCUUUUUCUAAACGUGACAAUUUAAUGGAACACGUGCGCCGCCACACGGGCGAAAAACCGUACGAAUGUGAAACGUGCUUAAAAUCGUUCGCAAUCAAAUACGAUUUAAUCAGACACGCGCGUAUUCACACGGAAGAAAAACCGUUCGAAUGUGACAGUUGUUCGAAAACUUUCACAAGAUCGAGUUACUUGACGAUUCACAAACGUACCCACACCGGCGAACAACAAUUGAAGUGCGACGUUUGUUCAAAAAAGUUCAAUUAUAGGAGCGAUUUAAUCAGACACGUGCGUCGUCACACGGGCGAAAAACCGCACGAAUGUGAAACGUGCUUAAAAUCGUUCGCAAUCAAAUACGAUUUAAUCAGACACGCGCGUAUUCACACGGAAGAAAAACCGUUCGAAUGCGAUAAUUGUUCGAAAACUUUCACAAGAUCGAGUUACUUGACGAUUCACAAACGUACUCACACCGGCGAACAACAAUUGAAGUGCGACGUUUGUUCAAAAAAGUUCAAUUAUAGGAGCGAUUUAAUUCGACACGAGCGUGUACACACGGGCGAAAAACCCUUCAAAUGCGAUAUCUGUUCGAAAUCUUUUACUAAACGUGAUAAUUUGAUGGUACACGUGCGCCGCCACACGGGCGAAAAACCGUACGAAUGUGAAACGUGUCUGGAAUCGUUCGCAAUAAAAGACGGUUUAAUCAGACACGCGCGUGUACACACAGGAGAAAAACCGUUCAAAUGCGAUAAUUGUUCGAAAACUUUCACAAGAUCGAGUUAUUUGAUGAAUCACAAACGUACUCACAUUGGCGGACAACGAUUUAAAUGCGAUACUUGUUUGAACGCGUUCAAUUUUAGAAGUGAUUUAGAUAGACACGCGCGUAUUCACACCGGAGAAAAACAAUUCAAAUGCGAUAUUUGUUCGAAAUUAUUUACAAGGUCGAGUUAUUUGAUCAUUCACCAACGUACUCACACCGGCGAACAACAAUUGAAGUGCGACGUUUGUUCAAAAAUGUUCAAUUAUAGGAGCGAUUUAAUAAGACACGUGCGUGUACACACCGGAGAAAAACCGUUCGAAUGUGAUAUUUGUUCGAAAUGUUUUGCGAACCGCGGUAAUUUAAUCAGACACGUGCGUCGUCACGCAGACGAAAAACCGUACGAAUGUGAAACGUGCUUAAAAUCGUUCGCAAUACGAGACGGUUUAAUUCAACACCUGCGUAUUCAUACGAGUUAAACGUUAUGUCAUUCGAUGCGCCUCUUAGAAAUACACCGGUAGACGUACCAUGAGUGCGACAAGUCUCAACAUCCUUGACACAAACGACCACGAUCGAGUAACACCACGACAAAUCAAAAAAAAAGCAGAUCGGAGGCUGUUCGCUGUUACUUAAGUUUCACUGGGGACGAGAAUCAUCCGAAGAUGAUCGACGUAAGGUGAUUACUCCAGAAAAUUGUAGCACAGACCAAAGAAAGCGGCGUCGAGUAGAAUGUGAGCGAUUUUUAGAGCUUUGCCGCGAAGAUCGAGCAAGUUUCUAUGAUCCGUAAUCCAAAAGAGAUUCCAUGGAACGGCAUCGCAAAGACAAACGAAACGAAUGUCUCGAAAGGCACUAAAAAAGCGAGGCUCGAAAGUGAAUACAACGAUGGAGUUUAUCGAUCUGGAAUUCGUUUCCGUGAACGUCGCUUUGUACUAGGAAGUUUUGAAACUGUUGCAACGACGUAUCCGGCAGUACUUGGGAGUGGGUCAUUCUGCACGAUAACGUUUCUGUUCGCACCAAUUCUUGGCUCGUAGUGGCGUUGAUCGUCCACCGUAUUCCCCUGACCUGCCAUUUGCGAACUUCUCGUUUCCCUACAAGAUGGAGAGAGACGUUUCGCGGACAUUUCGGCCAUCCGGAGACUUGCGACUUCCGAUAUACGGUCAAAAAGUGGCUAGAAAAAAUAACUUAUAUCCUCUGUUUUUUUUUUUUUCUAAUGCCAGUCACCGAACUUUUCGACAAACCUCGUAUGUUUAUUUACUACUUGUUAUUUUCGAAUCGACAUUGACCACCAUAAUUCGAUUUUAUUUAAAAGCUGAUUAGGUUCAAUUUAAGAAAAAAAUAGUGUUACGAACUCGUCCACUGACAUUGAUCGUGAAGUCUGUCCUGUUCUAUUGUAUUAAUAGAAUCUAAAAUUUGGUGGACGCGCGGAGUACGUUCUCAGAACGGAAUGGCGUCAAACUCCUUAACUUAUUUACAGAUUUUAUAAUCGUUUUUAUUUAUUUAUGCACUCACACUUGUAACAAUAAACUAUGGACUAAACUACUCGCUAUUUAUCCAGUAAGACUUAGUAUUCACUAACUUAUAGAGACAGACUUCGUCGAAGAUUAACAAGCGAUUAUUUAUACAAAACGAAUUUCUGGAUAAUUCGCUUCUAAAAUUACAAAAUUCCGGCUUCACGAUCUACGUCAGUGGACGAGUUCGUAAUUGUAGUUUCAUAUGAUGUAGUGCUUUAUAGUUUUUUAUCAUUUCUAUGUUUUAACUCAUUACCACAAAUUCAUCAUAAAUUGCAAAUUGGAAAUAGUAAAAUAAUCUUAUUGCAUAAAUUGAUAUUUAUUUUCUUUCUCUUGUAUUUAUAAUUACAUUACAUGUGUAAUAUAUUCCGUUGUAAAAUAAAUGAAGCGAAAAUUUAAAUAUAAAAUUGAAAGUUUGGAAAAAACAAA